AGGAGGGGACUGAGGGGGUGUAGCCCGUGGGGCUGGGCCAGCGCUUCUCCCUGAGUCUGGGUCCAGGUUAAAGGCGCCCGGGCUCAAGUCUGAGCACUGCCACUCACUGGGUGUUUCCCGAGCAGGCCUCGUGGACCUCGUGCUUCAGUCUCCCCAUCAGCACAGUGAGGAUGGGAGGAACGGGCGGAGGCCUCUCGCGGUGGCAGGGAAGGCUAAAAGGGUUAACGGUGGGCAGAGUGCGUGGGGGCGUGCCAGGGCCUGUGCCCCAGCCCCAGCGAGGGCCGGGCCGGGCUAAUGAGCAGGUGAGGCCCAGGGCAGACGGCUGAGCUCAGCGUCUAGGCCCUGUGACGAUGGCUGGGCCGGGGUGCGAGGGCCACACUGCCGGACCGCUCCUGCUCCUGCUGCUCCUGCUGCUGCCGCCCCGGGCCCUGCCGGACGGACCCCUGGUGUUCGUGGCGCUGGUGUUCCGCCAUGGCGACCGGGCCCCGCUGGCCUCCUACCCCACCGACCCGCACAAGGACGCCGUCUCCACCCUGUGGCCCCGAGGCCUGGGCCAGCUGACCGAGGAGGGAGUCCAACAGCAGCUGGAGCUGGGCCGCUUCCUGCGGAGGCGCUACAAGGCCUUCCUGCGCCCCGAGUACCGGCGGGACGAGGUGUACAUCCGCAGCACGGACUUCGACCGCACGCUGGAGAGCGCUCAGGCCAUCCUGGCUGGGCUCUUCCCCGAGGCGUCCCCGAGGGGCUCGGAGGCUGACUGGAGGCCGAUCCCGGUGCACACGGUGCCCGUGGCUGAGGAUAAGCUGCUGAGGUUCCCCAUGCGCAGCUGUCCGCGGUACCAGGAGCUGCUGCGGGAGUCCACGGAGGCGGCGGAGUACCAGGAGGCCAUGGAGGGUUGGACGGAAUUCCUGAGUCGCCUGAGCAACUUCACGGGGCUGACGCUGGUGGGGGAGCCGCUCCGCAAGGCCUGGAAGGUUCUGGACACGCUGAUCUGCCAGCGAGCACAUGGUCUUGCCCUCCCGCCCUGGGCCUCCCCGGACGUCUUGAGGACUCUCAGCCAGAUCUCUGCGCUGGACAUCAGGGCCCACGUGGGCCCGCCCCGGGCGGCGGAGAAGGCCCAGCUGACCGGGGGGAUUCUGCUGGAUGCCAUCCUUGCCAACUUCUCCCGCGUCCAGAGCCUGGGGCUGCCCCUCAGGAUGGUCCUGUACUCAGCUCACGACAGCACCAUUCUGGCCUUGUACGGGGCCCUGGGCCUCUACGACGGGCACACCCCACCAUACGCUGCCUGUCUGGGCUUCGAGUUCCGGAGCUACUUCGGGGACCCAGAGGACGAAGACGGAGGGAACAUCACCAUCUCCCUCUUCUACCGCAACGACACCAACCGCCCGCCCCUGUCCCUCAGCGUCCCCGGGUGCCCGGCUCCCUGCCUGCUAGGGCGCUUCCGCCAGCUGACUGCUUCGGCCAGGCCUCCGGCCCGCGGGGCUGCCUGCCAGGGCUCCUAUAGGCCUGCCACUGCCCCAGGUGACAGCCCUCUGCACUGGGGUGGGAGCAAGGGGUCCCCCGGACCUGGGAGCGAUGCCGCCCAGGUUCUUCCUGCAGCCACCACAGUGCCCCUGCUGGCCGGAGCUGUGGCCGUGCUGGCGGUGCUGAGCCUGGGGCUGGGCCUGCUGGCCUGGAGACCCACCUGCCUGCGGGCUCUGGGGGGAGCAGUGUGAGCGGGAAUGGGCGGCCCCUCCCCAGCAGACAUGGACCCCAACACGUGUGCUCACCUCUCUUCUGGCUGGUCACUGUCUGUGUGCGAGUGGGAGGGCUGGGCGGGCUCCCCGGCCUGGAAGCCAAGGGCGGCUGUGUGCCUGUGGACGCUUCUCACUCGCCGCCUGCACUCGCACUCUCUCUGGUGCUGGUGUGCAAGUGCGUGCACACGUCUGUGUAAAGUACAUUUCCGUACUGUGGAAGCCUGUGGCUCACGAGGGGCCACAAAGAGCCCCGUGUCCCUCCAUGCAGUUCCUUUAGCAGAGCUCAGCCCACGAUCAGCAGUAAGACCCAGGAAGGGGGCAGGUGGUCUGGCCUCUGGGGUGCCUGGCUCAGCAAGUGCUGCAGUCACGGAGGCGAGUGGGCACCUCCCUGGUCACUGGCUAGUGAAGCCAGCAGUGACCACACCUACCUAGAUGUACACUCAGAGUUCAGGUUCCCACCAUGGCACAGUCCUCUUGGACGAUGCUGAGGGAGGAGAGCUACUGCAGUAGCUGGCAGUUACACAAGUCCCCCGCGGGGGCCACACCUGCUGCCACUUUAACCUCCACGGCAAGGGGGCGGCUCUCCCACCCCACGACCUCCAAGGCCGAGGGUGGCAGCCAGGCCCCAGGAGGCAGCUGGGCUUGGUGCCUGUAGUAGGCUCGGGGAUUAGCCUGCUGGCCGACUGCCUACCACAGGCCCACCCUUCCUCAUCAGACUGCUGGAGAGCCAGGCCCGAAGGGGGGUCAGCCCACGCACCCCGCCCUGGACCAGCGCCCCGCCUGCGCCCGGACCGCACCCAACUCCACAG